CAAGGACUUGGAGCCUUCUGUGCCAAAGAGGGCUGGUGCCUCUCCAAACACAUAAGAUUCCAUAGCAUUGAGCCAUGGCUGGUAAAAUGGGGCCACGCUGCAUUUAUUCUGCAAUAUAAAUGCACUUCCCCUCGGAUUGGCCAGGAGAGGUUUGGCCAAGAGAGGCGCUGUCCCGCCCCGUGACCCGGGCGUUUUGGCGUGACGUGGCGUUUCCACGUGUUCGGAAGUAGGGCUCGCCAUUCAAGUGGAGCUGAGCGAGGACAUCGGGGGCUCUCUUGUGGCUGCUUUUUCCCGCAUCAUCUUUGCUCACAACAGAGAUGCUGAAAGCCGUCAUCCUCAUCGGGGGACCCCAGAAAGGGACCCGUUUCCGACCCUUGUCUUUUGAGGUGCCGAAGCCCUUGUUUCCUGUGGCAGGAGUGCCUAUGGUCCAGCACCAUAUUGAGGCAUGCACUAAGGUACCCAACAUGAAGGAGAUCCUCCUGAUUGGUUUCUAUCAGCCUAAUGAGGCCCUCAGCCGCUUCCUGGUCUCGGCACAGCAAGAGUUCAAAAUCCCCAUACGAUAUCUACAAGAAUACGCAGCUCUUGGCACAGGUGGAGGCAUCUACCACUUCCGGGAUCAGAUCCUCUCAGGAAACCCCGAAGCCUUCUUUGUGCUGAAUGCCGACGUCUGCUCUGCCUUCCCUCUCAAUGAGAUGCUCAGCUUCCACCGGCAGCGGGGUGAUCCAGACAGCUUCCUUAUGCUGGGCACCACGGCCAACAGGAAACAGUCUCUCAACUAUGGAUGCAUUGUGGCAAAUUCAGACACACAUGAGGUCCUGCACUAUGUGGAGAAGCCCAGCACAUUUGUCAGUGAGCUUAUCAACUGUGGCAUCUACUUGUUCACUCCGGCUAUCUUCCGUCACAUUGGAGCUGUCUUCCAACGGAACCAGCAAGAACUGCUCCUGGGCGCAUGCAUUGGAGAGGAGAGCACCAAUGGUUGGCAGCGAGCUGAAGCCAUCAGACUGGAGCAAGAUGUUUUCACAGGCCUUGCUGGGCAGGGACGCCUCUUUGCCUACAGAACAGAGGGGUUCUGGAGCCAAAUCAAGUCUGCUGGGUCUGCCAUCUAUGCCAAUCGCCUUUAUCUUAGCUGUUACAGCCAGUGCCAUCCUGAGAGACUUGCCCAGAACCGGCCUGGUGGGCCUACCAUCCGAGGAAAUGUCUACAUUCAUCCAACAGCCUCAGUGGAUGCCAGUGCAGUGCUCGGCCCCAACGUUUCCAUUGGGAAAGGUGUAAUGAUUGGGGCUGGAGUGCGUGUGCGGGAAUCCAUCAUUCUUCAUGGAGCUUCUCUUCAGGACCAUACAUGUGUGCUAAACAGCAUUGUAGGCUGGGAGAGCACCAUCGGGCGCUGGGCCCGUGUGGAGGGGACUCCCAGUGACCCCAACCCUAACGAUCCCUAUGCAAAGAUAGACAGCGAGACUCUUUUCCGGGAGGGCCGCCUCACCCCUUCCAUCACCAUUCUGGGCUGCAACGUGACCAUCCCUGCUGAAGUUGUCAUCCUGAACUCCAUUGUCCUGCCUCACAAGGAACUCAGCCGAAGCUUCAAGAACCAAAUUAUCCUCUGAAGAGGCAGCAUGAGGCUGGUGACCUCCUUCUGUACUCAGAUUAGCCUCACAAUGAGAUAGCCAGAGACUAUAUCAAAUCCACCCUCAAGCUGCACUCUGUCUUUGUUUCUGGUUUGAUGCAACAAGGACAGCAUCAGGACAAACUCCCCUCUUGGCCAUGUUUCUGGAUGAAGGGCAAGAGCUGCUGUUUGGGACUGGAAGGAUUUGAAACAGAUGACCUCUUUCUCUUUUUGUAAAUGCUACAGACCCCCCCCCCCCCCCUCAAUGGCAGAAGCCGGUUUCCAUCAUUCUACCUGCAUGCUAACCAAGCCAGUUGGUAGGAGAGAUGUGGGGAGGUGCAUAAGCUGUGGGUUUUCUUGGGUUUUAGGGCACUAGUGGGACUUAGGGACAGGUCUUUGUGCUCCUUUGGAUCUUAUAAAGGUAAAGAUUUCCCCUUGACAUUAAUUCUAGUCGUGUCCGACUGGGAGGAUGGUGCUCAUCUCCAUUUCUAAGCCGGAGAGCCUGCGUUGUCCGUAGACACCUCCAAGGUCAUGUGGCCAGCAUGACUGCAUGGAGCACCGUUACCAUCCCACUGAAGCGGUACCUAUUGAUCUACUCAUGUUUGCAUGUUUUUGAACUGCUAGGUUGGCAGAAGCUGGAGAUAACAGCAGGAGCUCACAUUGCUCCCUGGAUUCGAACUGCUGACCUUUCAGUCAGCAAGUUCAGCAGCUCAGAGGUUUCACCCACUGCAUUACCAGGGCUCCUCUUUGGAUCUUAGAUUUCUUUAAUCACCAAUUCUUGCAUGUCUUGGUUAUCUUCCUUCUGAUUAUCCAUAGCAGACGUGCAGGCAGUGUGAUGGCACAGUAGAUUUACAGAUGGUUCAUAGCACCAUGUGGCAGAAAGAUCUACAGAAGUGGGAAGGAUAAAAUGGCAGCUGGAUGCAGCAAAUGUGUAUCCAGGAAAAUAUUUGGGGAUGUUAGCUUUUCAUUUGAACAGAAUGGAUUUUCAAAAUGCAUGGAAUAGCUUUUGUUGAGCAUGGAAAGGGAGGGGAGACUCCAGGUCAUGGGAAACUUCCACACUGGUGUUAAGGUUGAGUAGCAUCCAUCCAGAGCUCAGGUCCAAGGAGUGGGUAGUCCUUCAACCAACCUUUCAUUGAGAGAUCUGAAGUUGAAAGAAUAGGAGAGCUAGAGUGCUUUUUAAAAAUCUGAUGUCUAUGAUAUAAAAGUUUUAAAACAAAAAUCCAACAGUACUUAUUUUUUUUCUUGCCUUAAUAAUAAGCUGACAAAUCUGGCAUGUCACGGGCUGAUUUCACAUUAAAUUACUGAGCUGGCAGCUGCAGAGAUGUGCCCAAGGGAAUCCAAAAACACAGAGAAGGUUAAGUUUAAAAUUUUGCCUCCUGUAAAGUACUUUGGAAAGUGGCAUAUAAAUACCUGAAAUAAGUGAAUGUGGGGAAGUGGAGUUUCUUUUGAGGCUGCAAUUUAGUUCUGAAAAUUGGCUUAAAUCCAUUAUCUUCCUCCUGUAUGCUCAGAAAUUAUAAUAUCCAAUAAACUGGAAGCAUUACUGGAGGAAAUGGCUGAACAAAAACAGAAUAUCAACAUGUGUCCCAUACAGAAUAUCAAAGAAUAUCAUGUUCUCUGUCCGCCUCUCUAAUCCAGGUGAACUGCUAAAAGGUAAAGGUUUCCCCUGUCCGACUCUGGGGGGUGGUGCUCAUCUCCUUUUCUAAGCUGAAGAGCCGGCGUUAUCUGCAGACGCCUCCAAGGUCAUGUGGCCAGCAUGACUACAUGGAACACCGUUACCUUCUGAAGCAGUACCUAUUGAUCUACUCACAUUUGCAUUUUUUUGAACUGCUAGGUUGGCAGAAGCUGGAACUAACAGCAGGAGCUUACCCUGCUCCCUGGAUUUGAACUGCCAAUGUUUUGGUCAGCAAGUUCAGCAGUUCAGUGAUGUAACCCGCUGUGCCACCAGGCACCCCAAUAAAUAGGAGCCCUCAGUGGUGCAAUGGAUUAAACCCUUGUGCCGGAAGGACUGAAGACUGACAGGUCAGAAGUUCGAAUCGGGGGAGAGUGGGGAUGAGCUCCCUCUGUCAGCUCCUAUGCGGGGACAUGAGAGAAGCCUCCCACAAGAGUGGUAAAUCAUCUCGAUGUCCCCUGGGCAACGUCCUUGCAAACAACCAAUUCUCUCACACCAGAAGCAACUUGCAGUUUCUCAAGUUGCUCCUGACAUGGAAAAAAACCCCCCAAUAAAUACCAUCCCUGGCUUGAAACCUCCUUUACUAAGGAAGUUCUUCUGAAUAUUUUGUUGAAAUCCCAUUUAAUAAUUUGAACCUGUUGAUUUGGUUCCCACCCUGGGGGCAACAGGGAAGAGUCUCCAUUGGCUGUGUGGCAGCUCUUCAAAUAUUUGAACAUGGCUGUUGUAUCACCUCUUAAUUGUUUCCUCUCCAGAGCAAACAUACUCAACCCCUUCAGCUAAUUCAAACAUAACAUCAGCUGCGCUCUGCUCAUGAUCGGUGUGAUAGCUUUUCAAGUGCCUGUCAUAUCACCUCUUAAUCAUCUCUUUCCCCAGCCUAAAGAUACCUAGCUUCUGUGUUUCCUCAUAGGAUUUCCAGGUAGUAGAGUUAUAUCUGGAACAAGCUCUAUUGCCUCGGAUUGUGGCUGUCUGAAAAAUUAACCAAUAAAGAGCAUACUCUA